AUGGCUCUCUCUUUCGUUAGGUUUCUGAUCUCCGCCAUGGCGGUUUUCAUGCUUGUUUCUGCUUCGUUUGCGACCUCGGAAGUUCCGUUCAUGGUGGUCCAUAAGAAAGCUACUCUUAACAGGCUCAAAUCUGGCGUCGAACGUGUCUCCGUUUCCUUCGACAUCUAUAACCAAGGAUCCUCGACGGCAUAUGAAGUGACUCUGACAGAUAAUGGCUGGGAUAAAGCUAGAUUUGAAGUUGUUAAUGGAAACACUUCAAGAUCAUGGGAAAGACUUGAUGCAGGAGGUAUUCUGUCUCAUUCUUUCGAACUGGAAGCCAAGGUUAAAGGACUGUUCUACGGUGCUCCUGCGCUGGUUACUUUCCGCAUCCCCACAAAGCCAGCUUUACAGCAAGCGUACUCAACUCCAUUAAUGCCUCUAGAUGUCCUCGCAGACAAACCUCCAACAAACAAGCUUGACCUGAGGGUGUUGGCGAAAUACGGAUCACUUGUUUCAGUGAUCUCCAUGGUGGUUUUGUUCAUAUACUUGAUUGCAACACCUUCAAAGUCCAACGCAGCAAAAGCUAGCGGCAAGAAGAAGCGUUAA